UUCGUUUGUUACAAAAAACUCAUAUGGACUUAAAAAAUUUAGGUAUAAAAAUCAUGUGAAUCACACAAGUCAAGGAAAUGGAGAAAAUGUAGUGUUAAAUUCGUUAAGAUGUUUAAUAUUUUGAUCAUAGCUCAAAACAAAAACGUGCCUACAAAAAUUCAUUCAUUGAAGUGCUAUUGUUAUGAAUGCGGUUUUACAAAGACGACAUCCCACAUUUUUCGAAUAUGGGAACAAUAUUAUUCGUGCAGUGGGUAUCUUCAACUACGGAAUUUCUUUAUCAUGCCAUAUUUACUUCACUUCCACCGCGCAUAAGGAACUUUUCGGAUCCAGCUUCAGAUGCAUUACUAUAUGGGCAGCGACGAUUCAGUUCAUUUAUUUCGUUUUGGGAUUUUAUUAUUGUAUCGACGACAUCAUAGAACUGUCGCCGAUCGGUUAUGAAAUAAGAGUAGGAAUACUGAUUUUCAGAGACUACCUCGGUGAAACACUGGCUUUUCCCUUAUCUGUACUCGUCCCCAUCUCCUUCUGGAGCGUAUACACUUUUAAAGGCGAAUGGCUGCCCGUCAACGAAUUGGCCACCAUACCGUUCUGGCUCCAUCACAUGUUGCACACUGUCUCUUUCCCCCUCCAAAUCCUUACCAUCGCAUUCGAUUCGAAUGCAAACACAGAAACGUUAGAAGGUACAUUCUGCAUUUCGUUUUUUUACAUAUCCUACUUCAUCUGGUUAUUGCACAUUCAAAACCAAACGCAUGAGUGGGUCUACCCGGCACUGAACUCGUCGUCCACGUUAAUAAAAGUUGUAUUGAGUGCGACUAUUUUGACUGGUCAUUUCGCAUUGUACGCGUUCGGAAAGUGGCUGGCGACCACAUUUUGGGGCAGAAGAAGGAGAAGAAUACGAUGGAGUAGGCACAACAGCAGUAUCCAAUAAAAUAAACGUCCUUAUUCUUACUGUCGAAUCAUUUUUAAUAAAAGAAAA